GAAAUAUUAGUAGAGCAAUUGUUGAACAAGUCAUCAUCUAAUCAUGAUUAAGGUUUAACAAAAUGGAAUUUGUCCAAGUCUCCAUGGUUUAUUGAUCUUCCUUGAUGCCUUUUAACUAUCUCCUUUUGCCACUGUUACAUGUUUCAUGUCAAGAGUAAAUGUUCUACAGUGGAUCUGACAUGACAAUCAUUCACUGACAGGUUCACUGUUCUGCCCUUUCUUCCCCACUCCUCUCCUCUCCCCUCACUCUCUUCCAUUGACUCCCUCUUUCUCCAUAACACUCCCACCUGUCUCUUCCUUUCCCAUCCCUGAUCCAAACGCAUAGAAGCAUGUCGUGCGGCUGGAUGAAGUCCCUUCUGGUGAGCGUGUCUCAAAGGAAGCCCCUGGAGCCAGAGGGGGAGCAGUCCACGUUUAACCGAUGCCUGACCACCCUGGACCUGGUGGCCCUCGGUGUGGGCAGCACCCUGGGGGCCGGGGUCUACGUCCUCUCUGGAGAGGUGGCCAGAGACACUGCUGGACCCAGCAUCAUCGUCUCCUUCUUCAUCGCCGCCCUGGCCUCCAUAUUCGCCGGGCUGUGCUAUGCAGAGUUUGGAGCGCGGGUUCCCAAAACAGGCUCAGCAUACCUUUACAGCUAUGUGACUGUCGGAGAGCUGCUGGCUUUUAUCACUGGGUGGAAUCUGUUACUCUCCUACGUCAUAGGGACAUCUAGUGUCGCGCUGGCAUGGAGUGGGACAUUUGAUGACCUAAUAGGGGGGGCCAUAUCGAAAUACUUUGAAGCAAAUGCGGCCAUGAGCCUUACUGGCCUUGCACCUUACCCAGAUGUCUUUGCUGCCGUUCUCGUCAUGCUACUGUCAGGUGUGCUGGCAUUUGGAGUGAAAGAAUCAACAACAAUCAACAAGAUCUUCACAGUGAUCAACAUCCUGGUGCUGGUGUUUGUGGCCAUCGCUGGGUUUAUCAAAGGGGACAUCUCCAACUGGCAAAUCAGUGAGGAGGCUCUUAUAAACGCCACGGCAGAAUUCAAAAAUUUGAGCUCUACUGCCAAUCUGACAAGUUUGUAUGGAGCGGGUGGAUUUUUCCCCUAUGGCAUUAGUGGAACGGUGGCCGGCGCUGCAACAUGUUUCUAUGCUUUUGUUGGAUUUGACUGCAUCGCUACAACAGGUGAAGAAGUGAAGAACCCCCAGAAGUCCAUCCCUCUGGGCAUUGUGGCCUCGCUACUCAUCUGUUUCGUGGCCUACUUUGCUGUGUCUGCUGCUCUCACCCUCAUGAUGCCCUAUUACCUGCUCAGUGAAAAAAGCCCCCUGCCAGUGGCUUUUGACUACAUCGGCUGGGGUCCUGCCAAAUACGUUGUGGCUGUGGGAUCGCUGUGUGCUCUAUCCACCAGCCUGCUGGGUUCGAUGUUCCCAAUGCCCCGGGUACUAUUCGCCAUGGCAAGAGACGGCCUGCUUUUCCAACCCCUGACCAAAGUUACCCCCAAGGGCAGUCCUGCCAUAGCUACCAUAUCGUCUGGAACUGUGGCAGCCAUCAUGGCUCUGCUGUUUGACCUGGAAGCCUUGGUGGAAAUGAUGUCCAUCGGCACUUUGUUUGCUUACACACUCGUGGCCAUAUGCAUCUUAAUACUGAGGUACCAAGUCGGUCCAUCUGAAGACACAGACCUACAGAUUAAAGAAUCAAACACCAAGUUUGGCCUCCUGAAGCCUCCCUCAACUCCCAAUGCAUCCACCUCAAGAAGAGUCACAAUCUUGACUCUAAUCUCUGUUGCAUGUUUGGUUGCACUGUGUGUCGUCCUGACGCAAGCCUUAGAUGCUCUGUCCCGUUUGGAAGCAUGGAGUGUGGUGGUUGUCUGCGUCCUCGCCUUCAUUGUGUUGCUAAACACUUUCCUCAUAUGGAGGCACCCACAAAACACUGCCAAGGCAUCUUUCAUGGUGCCAUUUCUCCCUGCUCUGCCGUUAGUGAGUACAUUCAUCAACGUCUACCUGAUGGUCCAGUUAGGUGGAGAAACAUGGAUGCGAUAUGCUAUUUGGAUGUUAGUGGGGUUAGUCAUCUAUUUUGGCUACGGUGUUCGUCACAGUGUUCAGACGCAGCGCCUCAGGACCAACCAGAUGAGGAUCGAAACCGUCAGUGGCAAAGCAGACAAUCACAUCUUUAAGGAAGAAAAAUUCUGAGCUCAGCUAGAGAGAAAUAGAUUGAGAUGUUACAGUCAGUAACUGCUUUAAGUUCGUAACUACGGAGUGCAACAGGUGGUCGGUGAUGAGAUGCAGGCAAAUGGACAGAUGGGCCAACUUGUUAACUUUUGUUCCACUGUAUGAUGGAGUCUGAAUUUAUCUAAAUAUUAUCUGUGCCAACAUUGAACUGAUGCCAGACGUAUUUUUGGACAUGUAUAUGUUUUCUGCAUCAAUGUCAGAGUGUCCUGGAGCCUUUAAAUCUACUAUCAAUGUAGUUUACACCUCUGUUUAAAAAGAAAAAAGGGCUAGAACUAUUUUCUGUUGAUGAUUACUAUUUUGUUAACAAGUUUACAUUUUCCAUAUCAAUUGUAAAAUAUAGAAAUGUAUUGUAAUUUUUUUACAAUUCUAAUUACGAUUAUGAAUAACAAAAGAAUAGUUUUUUACGUAUCAAAAUGUAGAAGUAGACAAAAGUACGAUGUAGAUACAGAAAAUCGUGUGGAAUGUCUUUUGCUCAUAGUGUGUUUGAAGAUCUAUUUUAUUAAUUGUUGUUUCAAAGUGUAAAUAUGCAAACUGUACAUGUUUUCUAAUUAUAUAUUGUAAAUGUAUUCCUUAAUUAAAAAGAGAGAAAUUUUC